AUGCCCGAAAAAACGGCCGCUCUAUCCGCUCUGUGCGUUCUUGCCUUCGCAAGCGUUGCCUUGUCUUUCUUCCGCAUCCCCUGUGCUGCGCCAAUAGUGAUCGAGCGCGCCGAUCCUGUUGUCAAUUCAGGCAAGGUCUCGGGCCAUGUUUAUAGUGUUAUGGGCGGCAGUGGCUUUGGUUUCCAAAUGGACUACGCUGCAACCCAAGCUUCCACAUGUUCCUCUUGCACGGUAGUCCAGGACAAGUCAAACUACUGGGUUCCUUCCCAUUUAUCUAGACAAUUUAUUAUAGAUACUGGAACGGCAGCUUCGCCACGAUUACUCAGACUGGAGGAGCUACUAUCUACUAUUUACCCCAAAGACCCUGCCUACCCUAACCUUAUCGCCUUCCCCGAGCGGUUUCGAAUGAUCGCCGGAGAUCCGAACCUGCGAAAGUACACUGAUACAACGGAACAGAAAGCUAUUACCUUCUCCUGCCUUGGCACCAACCAUGCAGAGACGAACGGGUUCCCAAAUUACAAUUGUCCCAAUGACCUCCGUGCCCAAGUCUUCUUUCCGUCUUGCUGGAUCGGCCGUAACGUAGAAUCCCCUGACUAUAAGUCGCACAUGGCUUAUCCUUCCGGAGUCACUAUAGGCAACUGCCCCCCUAAUUUUCCAAAGCGGUUUAUUUCCAUAUUCUAUGAAGUUAUCUGGAAUACUCCAGACUUCGCUAAUACGUGGUAUGGUGAUUCACAACCUUUUGUGGUGUCAAAUGGUGACCCAACUGGCGUCGGGUAUCAUGCGGACUUUGUCAACGGAUGUCAUGUUCCAACUCUUCAAUCUGCUAUCGAUAACUGCAACUCUGGUGAUGGCGUCAUCGAGAAGUGCCCAUACUUCAACUUCACCACGAAUGAGGUUGCUAAGAACUGCAAAGUUCCACCUUCAAUCGAUGAGUACGUUUCUGGUACCCUAAAUGCCUUGCCAGGUUGCAAUCCCGUACAAAGGGGACCUCAGGACGUGAGGCCUCAACCAAAUUGCGGUGCUCCAACUUCCAUCGGUAAGCCCCACUGGCCAUUCACAGAUCUCAUCUGGUCCAAGCGAUUUGCCUAUGUUGGUUGUGGCACCGACCUUCGUGGGCAGCCACGUACGCUUAAGGGAUCUAGUAAUAUAAGUUCUAGCAUGACUAUUAAGAGUUGUUUUGAUUUUUGCUCUAGCAAGGGUUUUAGUGUUGCGGGUCUUGAAUUCUCAACCCAUUGCUUCUGCGACAAUUCCACUCUAGCUGACCGAGCCCCUAUCGAUGGCCUGAUUCGAGACUGCUCCAUGUCCUGUGCUGGAAACAAGAACCAAAUAUACGGCGGACCAGCUUUGAUAUCUCUGUACCAGAAAUGCGGAAAGGACUGCAAGAAUGUUGUCUUGCCUUUCAUCAACGGCACCGCUCGAGCGGGAAGAACAGCCCCAUUAGUGACCCUUCAGUCAACGAAGGCUGCUGUCAAAACUCAAACACAAUUCUCGCCCUUUGUGUUUUUCAUAAAUAUUAACAGACUGGUGGUAGUGGUUUUGACUACAUGA